AUGGACUACAAGUUAGAAAACUUGUUAAAACUCUUCCCAAAAGCUUGGGAAACUAAAUUUACCGUCCUUGAAGAUGGAGAUCUACAAAAGAUGAUGUACGAUGAACUACGAGGCAACUUGAUGGCCUAUGAACAAAAUCAUAUUAACAGGUACAGCAAGGAUGAUAAAAAUAAAAUUGUGCCAUUUACCGCCGAGAAAUCCAAAUUCGGAGAAGAAGUCGGACAUAUUAAACAAAACUGCCUAGAACAGAGAAGGACAAAUAAUAGACAAAAUGAAGAUCCAAAAAGUCUCAGAGCCUGGGAUCAAGGAGAAAAAACCGAUGACGAUCAUGAUGAAACUGCCAACAUAUGCUUCAUGGAACUAGGUGAAACAAGUGAGAAAGUUAUUGAUGAGUACAAUAAAUUUGCUCAAGAAAAGAAAGAUUGGCUAAUUCUUCUCAAAGAAAGUCAGAUUGAAGUCGACUUACUAACAGAAGAACUGGAUGAAGUAAAAAUACAGUUGAAUAGUAUUAGGAAAUCUCCCAGUCAUAGUUCUGUCAGAUCUAACAGAACUACUUUCAACAGGAGAAGAUCUCCCAAUCAUAGUUCCAACAGAUCAAAUAGAUCUAUAUCUAACUCUCACUCUCCUGAAAAUUCUGUUAAAAUUACUUGUUAUACUUGUGGUGAACUCGGUCACAAUUCUUUUAACUUCAUAAGUGACUCGUGGCUAUGGCAUCGAAAGCUUGGACAUGCAAGCAUGCACGCUCUUGAAAAACUUUCUAAGCUUGAACUAGUUAUUGGUUUACCAAAAUUAAAAUUCGAGAAAAAUCACAUAUGUGAUGCUUGUCAAAUGGGUAAGCAAACUCGUUCAUCCUUUAAGGAAACUGAAGUUGGUGACGAUGAAAUUACUUCUCUUAAACAAACUGAAGAGAUCUCAAAAGUCUCUCCUAAACCUAACACUGACGAGUCAGCUACUACAGAGGUGGAGUCUACUACCCUAUCCGACAAAGCUAAUAUUCCUAGAGAAUGGAGACAUAAUGCCAGUUACCUUGAAAACUUUAUUCUCCGAAACUUGAUGACAAAAUUCAGACAAGGUCUUCACUCAGAAAAUAAGCUUUUUUGGCUCUUAUGUCUCAAAUGA